AUGCCAGGAUAUGGAACCUGUCUGGCCUUCGUCUUGCUGCUCGCCGUCGUGCCGUGUCCGUCAUCGUCAUCGUCAUCGUCGUCGUCAGCGCCAGAGCCAGCACAGCACACACUGGGCACCGGCUCCUCUCUGUCGGUGGAAGACCACUGGCGGCCGUUCCUGACUUCCCCCGACGGCACUUUCUCCUGCGGCUUCCAGGACGCCGGCGAGAACGCCUUCUCCUUCUCCGUCUGGUACACCGACGCAGCGGAGAAGACUGCCAUCUGGACGGCGAACCCCGGCGCCCCCGUGAACGGCCGGGGCUCUAGGAUCUCGUUCCGCCGUGACGGGGACCUAGCCCUCGACGACGCCAACGGCAGCACGGUGUGGGAGAGCAAGACGAGUGGCGGCGGGGGCUCCCUGACCAUAUCCCUCCUCGACACCGGCAACCUCCUCAUCUCGGACUCGGACCCGUCUACCGGCGGCCGCACCUUGUGGCAGAGCUUCGAUUGGCCGACGGACACACUGGUCCCGUCGCAGCCGCUCACCAAGGACAAGAAGCUGGUCGCGGGCUACUUCAGCCUCUACUACGACAAUGACAACGUGCUGCGGCUCCUGUACGACAGCCCCAACAUAUCGAGCAUCUACUGGCCAAAUAAUCCUAUCAACGAUCCGUUCCAGAACGGCCGGACAACAUACAACAGCUCCAGGAUCGGCGUCCUCGACGACAACGGCGUGUUCCUGUCGAGCGACAACCUGGGAGUCCAUGCCUCCGACUUCGGCCCCGGCGUCAAGAGGCGGCUGACCAUGGAUCAGGAUGGCAACGUGAGAAUCUACAGCAUGAACGCGUCCACAGGGGGCUGGGCGGUGACAUGGGCGGCGCUGGGGCAGCCGUGCUCCACGCACGGGCUGUGCGGCCAGAACGCGCUCUGCGAGUACCAGCCGAGCCUCAGGUGCUCGUGCCCGCCGGCGUACGAGAUGGUGGAUCGGCAGGACUGGCGGAAAGGCUGCAAGCCGAUGUUCAGGCCGGUCACCAACUGUAACCAGCCGCCGUCGCCAUCGCCGGAGCAGCAGUUUAAAUUCCUCAGGUUGCCGCACAGCGACUUCUACGGCUACGAUCUGCAGUUCAACCAAUCCGUCACGUUCGAGUACUGCAAGAAACUCUGCUUGAAGAUGUGCUUGUGCGUCGGCUUCUCCUACAAGCUUGAAGGCCAAGGCGUCUGCUACCCGAAAAGCAUUCUGUUCAACGGCUUCACGUCUUCAGCCUUCUCUGGGACCAUCUACCUGAAAGUUCCUAUCGAUUUCGACGCAUCGGCGCCUCUCGUCACUGCACGGAGCGCCGCAGGCCUUGCCUGCGAUCCUAACAUUUCCGUGAUCGUCCAAAGAUCGGAAGGAACAUUCAGUAGAACAGGAAACGGGACGAAGUGGCCGUACCUGUUUGCGUUCGCCGGAGUACUGGGAGUUCUUGAUAUUAUCUUCAUUGCAACAAGCUGGUGGUUCCUCUCCAGCAAGCAGAGCAUACCCAGCUCACUGGAGGCAGGCUACAGGAUGGUCACGGGCCAGUUCAGGAGGUUCACGUACCGAGAGCUCAAGGACGCGACGGGGAACUUCAAGGAGGAGCUGGGCCGGGGCGGCUCGGGCGUCGUGUACCGCGGCGUGCUCGACAAAGGGAAGGUGGUGGCCGUGAAGAAGCUGACGAACGUGCCGUGGGGCGACGAGGAGUUCUGGGCGGAGAUGACGGUGAUCGGGCGGAUCAACCACAUGAACCUGGUCCGGAUCUGGGGGUUCUGCUCCCAGGGCAAGCAUAAGCUGCUGGUGUACGAGUACGUGGAGAACGAGUCGCUGGACAGGCACCUGUUCGACACGGACAGGACGACGCUACCGUGGCGCGAGCGGUACAGGAUCGCGCUGGGCACGGCCAGGGGCCUAGCCUACCUUCACCACGAGUGCCUCGAGUGGGUCAUCCACUGCGACGUCAAGCCGGAGAACAUCCUGCUGACGCGCGAGUUCGACGCCAAGAUCGCCGACUUUGGGCUGGCCAAGCUCUCCAAGAGGGACGACGGCGCCGGCGACAGCAUGCCGCUCUCUCACAUGAGAGGGACGACGGGGUACAUGGCGCCGGAGUGGGCGCUCAACGUUCCCAUCAACGUCAAGGUAGACGUGUACAGCUACGGUAUUGUGCUGCUGGAGAUGGUUAUGGGGUGCAGGGUGUGUGACCAGACCACGGCGGGCGGGGAGCGCCUGCAGACGCCGCAGAUCGCUCAGGCCUUGAGGCAGGUGGUGGCUACCGGCAACGUCGUGCCCUUGGUGGACGGUAGGUUGCAGGGGCAGUUUAAUCCUCGGCAGGCGUUGGAAAUGGUCCGGAUUUCCUUAUCGUGUAUGGAGGACAGGAGCAACCGUCCGACAAUGGACGACGUUGCCAAGGCUCUCACAGCCUGUGACGACGAGGACGAGCAUCCAGCAUACAGGUAG